CCUCCUUCUGUGGGUGGCAUUGGGAUACAUGGUUCACUGGAUAAUGCAGUGAUUCGGCCUGAUAUUGGAGGCGGCGGUAUUGUAGGAACAACACCCUAUAUUUCACUUACACAACAGAUUGCGGAUCGGAUCCGCAUCGCGGUUAGUAAAGGUUUAAUCGAUGUUUCGAUACUUAAUCGUCCUUUGCCACAGAGCGCACUGGUUGUCUUAAAUGCCCUUCUUCAAAAGUUCCCUAAGCUUGAGCAAGCUCAGCAAGAAUACCAGCAAGUGAUGCGUGCAAUGAGUAGCCCGGCACAAAAGGUUGAAUCAGAACGCCUAGCGGUAGAAAUAAAUGGCUUGCAGCAUGAAAUUGUACAGCUGCGAAAUGCAAUGAAUGAGCACUUACUGAAAUCACCUACACAACAACAAGAUGGACAAAGUCGUUUACAGCAGUGGAAACAGGCGAAUGCAACAAGUACACAAGAUUGCAGCAGUGAUAAGAUGUGUGCGCCUUCAUCGGAUGCGAACGUUUCUGGUCUUAUUGCUGGCACGCAGUUAUUGACAAUAGAAGGAAAAAUUGACUGGAAAGUUGGUAAUCUAGACUGGUCGCCACCGCCUUCCGGAACUGGAGACAAAGGCAAGAAAUGA